AUGAGUGCUGUACCUCUUGCAGACCGGAUUAACCAAUUUGGCCUUUCUGAGGUAUACACCUCGCCCGAACCCCUGGUCGACAUUGUCUUUGUCCAUGGCCUGAACGGGCACGCGUAUAACACUUGGGCAACUCACAAUCCCGAGGUCUUUUGGCCCACCGACCUCCUGCCCGAGGCAGUCCAAGACCAGCGGUGUCGAAUCCUUACCUACGGCUACGAUGCCCAAGUCACUGCCUUCUCCGACGGAGCUUCGAAAGACAAGAUUCACAACCAUGCUGAGCAUCUAGCCAGUCGGCUGGUGGCUAACCGAUCGUUGAAGAAAGCGAUUGAAAGACCUAUCGUAUUCGUCUGUCACUCGCUGGGGGGGUUGGUAGUGAAGAGAUGUUUGAUUCACUCGAAAAAUGUCCGUCAUGGGCACAUCGAGAGGCAGCGAAGCAUUUUCGUCUCUACAUAUGGCAUUCUGUUUUUGGGGACGCCGCACAACGGUAGUGACAUCGCCAAAUGGGGAUCAUUACUCGAACGCAUCAGUCAUGCAGUACUCCCCAAGAAGUUUAUGGACUCAUCGCCACAGCUAGUCCAGGCUCUCAAAUCCAACAACGAAACCCUUCAAAACAUCAACAGGUUGUUCAUUGAGAUCAUUGGCCGGUUCCACGUCUAUUUCUUCCACGAGUCGAAGCCUAUGGACUUCAAAGGCACCAGGAUGCUUGUGGUAGAGGAGGACUCCGCCGCCCCUGUCAUCGAGGGCGUUGAGCGUAUGGGAAUCGAGCGCGACCACAGUCACAUGUGCAAAUUCGAGAACGAUAACUCUCCCGGCUACGAGGUGGUUGCGGAGGCCCUGCAACGAUACGCUGACGAUGCUCCAAGCCUCAUCCGAACUCGUUGGGAGGAAGAGCGCCGUAUACGUGAGCUAGAGAGACAAGAUGCUGCUCGCGAGAUCCUACGCGAUAGCACAUCUGGCUUCGAUGCGCUUCAACCGACUUCCCAAACAACUUCGGGUCAGAUGAGCCACGCCAACUCGACGGGUAACUCAGUGGGAAACUCAAUGGCCGACCACCGAAUCUCAGACUCAGCUGAAGGUCCUCGAGUGGUCACACCUCUUGGCUUUAGACCCAAUGCGCAUUUCGUCGGCUUUCAAGAUGAACUUCGAAAAUUACAUAAGCGGCUUCAGCAUGAGGCUCGCCGAGAUAUGGGCUCUUGCGCCGUGCUGGUAUGGGGUGAAGUGGGAUGCGGCAAGACUCACCUCACCCGGCAAUACUUCUACAAGCACCGCCUCGAUUAUCCUGAGGGCUCCUUUUGGAUCGACUGUAAAACGACCGAAACGAUCACGAAAGGGUUGUGGGAUAUCGGCGUCAGCAUUGGGGCGCUAGAGCAGGAGCGUGAUCGACGAACCGUCCCGCCUGGCCCAGAUGAUUUUGCAGACGUUGUACGACAACGUCUGGAAUCUAUGCAGGGGUGGUUGUUGGUCUUCGACGGUGUGUUGUUCGAGACGGAAGAGUCGCUUGACGCUUUCCGCAAGUAUAUCCCCGACCAGAGCGGUAACUGCAUCAUCUUCACAUCUGUCGACAGGACUCUAGCUCAUCGACACCGCCUUCUCAACCCCUCCGCAUUGAAGGUCGGCAAGCUCUCCGUUAGUGACGCCACAGAUCUGCUGUACCGGAACCUAGGCAUACGACAUCCGUCGCAACUUCAGACGCAAAAAGCGCUCGAGCUCGUCAAAGACAAUGACUACCUGCCACUAGGUGUCCAUGCCGCUGCCCACGCGCUCAUUGAGCGCGGCAAAUCCCUCGACAGAUACACCCACGCGUCCACCGAUCUUCGUCUGAUCACCCCCUUUCUCGACAUUAUUUCUGGCCUUCGCGCACAAGGACGUGACGAAGCUGUCAACCUUGUCAAUCUCUUGAGUUUCUUCACUCAUCAUGUACCGGUGGCUCUCAUUCGUUACGGCUACAAAGGAUUGACAGAAUCUCCAUACAACAUAGAUGUGCUAUCACCCAAAUAUGCCAAUAGCACCAGGACCGACCUUGAUAGCUCCAUCUCUAUCCUUCUGCGCAGUGGUCUCCUGGAGAGAACGUUGCAAACAUGGUCGCGCUCAUCGGGCAGCUCCUCGCCUGAAGAGUCGAGGUCAAUCAAAGGUGUUACCGGACCCCCAACCCAGGGUAACAGCCGACAAACCCGAUCCAUCACCAUUAGAACCUUGGAAAACACGCCUCCUGCACAAAUCACCGAAGAGUCAAGCGGGCUGGAAGAUCUUGUGGUCACGCGAUUCGAAUCUAGGGGCACUCGAAUGUCAGUGGCCUCCACGCAAUCUGUAAUCGACACUCUCCGCAUACACACUGUUGUCCAAAAUGUGAUUCGCGAUGACCUCAAAGAGAGGCCGCUGGCGGGUGAGCACGAUUACUGGUGGUGGCUAGGAGCCUCUGUUCGUCUGCUCAAGUACUCGUAUGAUGUCGCCAGCGAUAAGAUGCACAAAUCAUCCGGAGCCGGCCUCAUCCGUGAUUACCGGGAGUACGAAGCACAAGCUGCCCGCCUAUUUUCGUUCUUCCCGAAGACUUCGCUCAAUGCUACCAAAGAAUUGCGCACAGCGCGACGGGAGGUCCGCGCAGUGCUCGCGAUGGUGAAGCGCGAGAUACAGAAUCAGUCACCGUCACAGGCGUCUGACAGCAGCCGUAGGCUGUAUCAGAGUUCGAUAUUCGAGAGGUCUUCCAGCACAUCAGAGGAGACUCAAUCGAUCGACCUGAGCUCCCCGAGUCGAGCAUCGACAUGGGGCUUGGAUUCGGAGCGAGCACCGUCGGAAUCACCCACCCAAAUGCAUUCUCAGAUGCACACCUCGUCCGAAGUGGACCCUAUGAGUGCUCUUUCUGAAAGUGCUAUCCUCUCUGAUGACGGCUCAUGGGUAUCCAAUGCCACAGAAACCCCUGGUCAUGCGCUUUCGCCUCGAUCACGGCGGAGUUCUGUACUCCACGCUGUUCUGGAGGGCAGACCGCGGAUAAAGCCACACAAGGACUUGGGUGAAUGGAAAGCGUUGCCUGUGCCUCCCAGCGUGAGCCAGGCGAGCGUCCACCUGAGCCAUUCGUCAUCACGGACCAGCUCGGAGCAUCGAAGCUCACGGCCUUCCUCAAGCUCUGAGGCCGAAGCAGCGCUUGCAGCAAUGCACCGAUCAAGCCCACCGGCAAGCAGAGGUGGAGCCCGUCUCCGAUCCACUAGUCGUGGAAGCAGUGAGAGGCCAGUGCUGGCAGCACGAUCAACUAAUGCACCUCUUUCACCGCUGGCUGCUGAGUUUCAGUCUAAUGAUGCGGCAGGACUUGCCAAGACAGCCAAUGUGACAAGUGCCCAUUCACGCAAUCCCUCUUCGUCGCCACGCUUAGUUCAGGCGCUUCUGAACAGCCAAGCAAGUACACGUGCGCGAUAUCAAUUACCACCUCUGCAAACUGAAAACAUCAAUGUGGCAUACGCUCCGGGCCGAGCAGAACGACCUCCACCGAUCUCGAGCUAUUCAAAGACGGUGACCAAUACCGAAGUGCCCGUAGUCAGGUACUUACCCAGUGGUUAUACCUCUGUGCCAAUGUCCCGAGACAUAUCCCGUGAUUCCGGCACGGCACUUCCAACUGCCGACAUGGGCUACAAUGGUCAUGGCCAAGGGUACAACGUUGCAGGCUCGGCUCCCCAUCGGGCGCUCUCGGAUCCUUAUUUAUUGGGCGUGGAUGCUCCGGGAACGUACGGAUUCAACUUAUCAGAUCCAGUAUUGUACGGUGAUCAGCAGCGAGGACGGGGCAGACAGAACCUGGAGUUUGGGCAGGUUGGACAGUGGGCGAACAUUGCGCCUAUCGAGCCAGAUUUGAGUGCAUUUGAGAGCAUCUCAAUCGAUGAGGCAGUCGUACGAGCCCACGCACGCAAGAUCAGCGGCGAGGCUCUUCAAUUCGGCGACAUGGAGCCCGUGAGUGUCGAGGAAGCACGGGUGAGAGCCAAUAUUGCACGAGAGAGAAGCACUGAUAGCAGUGGUCGGGGCCGUCGCCGAGGCGGCUUGAGUGAUGAGGGCAGGGACCAGCGCCAUUAG